AUGCCACCACCAGUUCAUGAAAUCCCACCAAAUUGUUCUUUGAGGAAUGGAGUUGCAGAAAUGGAAAUGGUUCUUUUCGAAAUUGUUAAAGACCUUUUGUCCAAGCACAACGUUCAUCCCAAAAGCAUUGACAUCCUUGUCUCAAAUUGCAGCUUGUUCUGUCCCACACCCUCAAUUCCAUCCAUGAUCAUUAACAGAUUUGGACUCAGAAGCAACAUAAAGAGUUUCAACCUCAGCGGAAUGGGCUGCAGCGCCGGAAUAUUGUCGAUAAGCUUGGUGAAAGAUCUUCUCAGAGUUCAUAAGAACUCAUUGGCUUUGGUUCUAACCACGGAGGCUAUAGCUCCGAAUGGAUACCAAGGGAAAUCGAAGUCCAAGAUCAUGACGAACGUGUUGUUCCGAAUGGGGGGAGCAGCAAUCUUGAUUUCUAACAGAAAACAGGACAAGAAAAUUGCCAAGUAUGAACUUCAACAUCUUGUGAGAACCCAUUUAGGAUCAGACGAAAAAGCAUACAAAUCUGUGUACCAGGAUCCUGAUAAAGAUGGUGUCGUUGGUGUUUCCUUGUCACGUGAGCUUCUUCGUGUUGCUGCGUCGGCUUUGAGGACCAACAUGAGAGAGCUAGGCCCUCUUGUCCUACCAUAUUCUGAGCUGCUUCGCUACGUAUGGUCAGCAAUUCAAACAAAACUCUUGCCAUCAGGGGACCAGAAAAAAAUCUAUCUACCGAAUUUCAGGAAGGCGUUCGAGCAUUUUUGCAUUCAUGCAGGGGGAAAAUCGGUUAUUGACGCCAUAGAAGAGAGUUUGAAGCUGCAGAAGGAAGACGGAGAAGCAUCUAGGAUGGCAUUGUAUAGAUUCGGCAACACUUCAUCUUCUUCUGUAUGGUAUGAACUGUGCUAUUUGGAGGCAAAAGGAAAAGUAAAGAAAGGAGAUAGGGUUUGGCAAAUUGGAUUUGGAAGUGGAUUCAAGUGUAACAGUGCAGCAUGGAAAUGCAUUGCUAACAUUGAUCCAAAUGAAAGGAAUGCAUGGUCUGGUAUAAUCCAUUCAUAUCCAAUUGAGAUACCUGUGUUUGAUUGUUGA